CGUUGCCGUCCAAGCAACCUUUAAAACAUGCCGCUUGCCAUUAUCCAGCUGCCUGCAACUGAUAGAACCUCGCAUUUUAAUAUUCUAAUAUCUACCUACCUACCCUUGACCUACUACAUCACCUGCAUCUACUACCUCUUACGAAUAAUCUAUACCGCGAAAUACCGCCUAUAAACGCUAUAUCGAAAGAAGAAAAGAAAAUCAGCAAGCCGAUCACGAUCCAACCCCAACCCCAACCCCACCAUCACCACCACCACCACCACCACCACUACCAAUGAACCGCCUCUUCGGCAGCGCGCCCAAAGCGCCCAAGCCCACCCUCAACACCGCCAUAUCGAACCUCGACGGGCGCAUCUCCUCCUUCGACGUGAAAAUCGCCUCCCUAAACGCCGAGCUCGGCACGUACCAGAGCAAGAUGGCCAAGAUGCGCGAAGGCCCCGGCAAGUCCGCGCUGAAAGCCAAGGCGCUCAAGGUGCUCCAGCGCCGCAAGCAGUACGAGUCGCAGCGGGACCAGCUGCAGUCCCAGGUGUGGAACAUGGAGCAGGCCCAGACCAUGCAGGACAACCUCGCCGGCGUCAUGACCACCGUCGACGCCAUGAAGACCACCCAGAAGGAGCUCAAGAAGCAGUACGGCAAGGUCGACCUCGACAAGAUCGAGCGCAUGCAGGACGAGAUGGCCGACCUCAUGGACGUCGGCAACGAGAUAAACGAGACCCUAAGUCGCGGAUACGAGGUCCCCGAUGAUGUAGACGAAGCCGAGCUGGAUGCCGAGCUGGAGCUGCUAGGCGCCGAGAUGGAGAUGGAGGGCGCGGGCAUGGAGGCCGGUGGCGUGCCUGAUUUCAUGAGGGACGAAGUACCCGAAUUCAUUGACGAACCCCCGGAGGCUAACAGCAAGGUACAAGAGGCAGCGAGGUGAUAUCACGAGACUAGCGAGCGAGUUUACUUUCCAGAUGAGCGGAGAAGGGAGUUAUUGGAGUUUACGCGACAA